CACCGCCCCACCGAGGAAAUCACGUGACCACCGGGGCCUGAAGCUGCCGCUCAUUUCAGCUGCAACAUACCCGCACCUGUCUCAUAAGGAGUGCCAGUGUUAAGAGGUCCAUCAGAAUUAGUUGUCUGCAGCGGAAGAGGGAGUGGUUUAAGGAGAUAAAAGGGCUGCUGUCCUUGCAAGUUCCUCUUUUGCUGAGCAGCCAGGGAGCCUUCCACAUGGCCUUCACUUUAGAUUAGUUUGCUUUUGUGUUAUUUUCCUUUACUACAACCCACACUUCACUCAUCCACACAUGCUUUACACCACUGACGCCUAACAUUCCCAUAUUUCAUUAUGAGUUCUUAUACUUAGUUUAAUAAAUACCGUUUUUCACCUUUUAUUAGUGUCUCAUUUGUUGGAAGUCCUGAGCCAGACCUCUAUGAAGGCUCUCCACAAGAAAUCCUAAUGAGAACACGUCUGUUGCCAGCUUGGAUUUAUGACUUUUGCAAUGGAGUCUCUUCAGGACAACACUCUGUUACUGAUUGUAACUGUGGAGGCAACCUUUCACCGGUCCACAAAACAGAACUCCUCCCCACUUAGCUUACACUGACUUCUGCAUUUUGGACUUUCAGCGACAGUCAGAUUGUUUAAACUACUCAAAGCUGACUGGUCAGAGUGGCUUAUACUGCAGCACAAAGCCUCAAGAGAUUUUAAUAAUGAGCAACAGUCCUCUUCUGGUGAAUGUGGAAAAUUGGAUUGCAGAAAACCAGAAUGCUUUCCUGCCACCAGUGUGCAACAAGCUCAUGCACUUUUCCCAGUUGAACAUAAUGUUUGUAGGCGGACCUAAUACCAGGAAGGAUUACCAUAUAGAAGAAGGGGAGGAGCUGUUCUACCAGUUGAAGGGGGACAUGUGUCUGAAGGUGAUUGAAAAUGGCAAACACAAGGAUGUACACAUCAAAGAGGGAGAGAUGUUCCUGCUGCCAGCUCGGAUCCCCCACUCCCCCCAGAGACAGGCCAACACUGUGGGACUGGUGGUGGAGAGGAGACGGCUGCUGACUGAGACUGACUGCCUCAGGUACUAUGUGGACGGUACAACCAGCAUCCUGUUUGAGAAAUGGUUCUACUGUCAGGAUCUAGGGACACAACUCGUGCCAAUAAUCAAAGAGUUCAUGGCAUCAAAGCAGUACAGAACAGGAAAACCUGACCCAAAUGAAGUCUUCAGGGAGCCUCCGUUCCAGAUGAACACCUUGAAUGUGAUGUCGCCCUUCUGCUUUAAGGACUGGCUGAACAAACAGAAGCCAUUCCUGGCCAGCGGCAGGCCCAUCGAUAUGUUUGGAGCUCAGUUUGAGACAGAGGCGAUGCUGUUUGGACCUGGGUUGACAGAGAAGUCAUUACGGCAAAGUGAUGUGUGGAUUUGGCAACUGGAGGGAUCAUCAAGAGUAACUAUGAAUGAGCAGGAGUUCACUCUUUCUGCAGGAGACAGUUUACUCAUUCCUGAACAGAACCAGUACCAGUGGCAGAGAGAUGAGGGGACUGUUGCUCUGUUUGUGGUUCAAAACCCUGAGCGGAAAAGACCCUGAACUUUCACAUACUAUACAUACAGUAUGCUGAAUGUGUGGGGAGGAGGACUCCUAUCUGCACAAAUACAAAAUCAAAGUAUCAAACUCUAAACAGGACACUCACUAUCUGGAUCUGGUAGAUUGCGUAUCAUUCCAUACAGCAAGUAUUGUAAAUCAUGCCCUCAUUUCAGUAAAAGGAUUCUGUGAUGUGUUAAUGAUAGUGAACUUUGAGCCUAUUGAUAAACACCAGAACCUAUUGAAACGGCAAACUGCACUUUGUAGUAGUUACUUAAGUUAAUUUUGUCACUGCAAUAUAUAAUUAUUAUAUUAGCAUCUUUAUUGUUGAAUAAAUAUAAAAAAAUGUGUGAUGUGAUCAUUUAUCUUGACACACUUCUUGAAAGUUAAUGACCUUUAAUUCUUAUGAUUUUCACCUCUCCUGUUUUUCCCCUGAAGUGUUUAUGAGUCAGGCUCAUUUAUCCACAACCGACUCAUAUAGUCUCAUG